CAUCAGUCUUUGUGCAGGCAUUCAAGGCGAAGGUUGUGACUGAAGCGGGCGCGUCUUUAAUUAUUUCUGCAGCAAUAGCAAAAUCUCAGCUUUAACGCUUAACCAGGAUGGGCUUUGUCUUGGCCUGGUUGCCAAGCGAACAUUAUGUGCGGGAUAUCUGCCUAAUCACGCUCACGGCGGCAUUUAUAGCCACCUUGCUCAGCAUACGCUUCUAUUUGCGCAUCACGGCAGGCCGUUGCUUCACUGAGACAAGAAUGGAGGGAAAAACUGUCAUUAUUACGGGAGCCAACAGCGGCAUUGGCAAAGAGACAGCCAAGGAUCUGGCUGGACGUGGUGCACGUAUCAUCAUGGCCUGCAGAAAUCUGGAAACCGCUAAUGCAGUCAAGGACGAAAUCAUCAAGGAGACCAACAACAACAAGAUUAUUGUCAAGAAACUGGAUCUCGGCUCGCAGAAAUCUGUGCGUGAAUUUGCCGCUGAUAUUGUCAAGACUGAGCCCAAGAUUGAUGUACUCAUACACAAUGCCGGCAUGGCUUUGGCUUUCCGCGGCCAGACCAGCGAGGAUGGCGUUGAACUGACUAUGGCCACCAAUCAUUAUGGCCCCUUCUUGCUGACGCACUUGCUCAUUGAUGUGCUGAAGAAGAGCGCACCAGCUCGCAUUGUCAUCGUCGCUUCGGAGCUGUAUCGUCUGGCUUCCGUUAAUCUCAACAAACUGAAUCCCGUCGGCACGUUCCCAGCUGCCUACUUGUAUUAUGUGUCCAAGUUUGCCAACAUUUACUUUGCCCGCGAGCUGGCCAAGCGUAUGGAGGGCACCAAAGUCACAGUCAACUACUUGCAUCCAGGCAUGAUUGAUUCGGGCAUUUGGCGCAAUGUGCCUUUCCCACUCAACUUGCCCAUGAUGGCCAUUACCAAGGGUUUCUUCAAGACAACCAAAGCUGGCGCACAGACAACUAUCUACUUGGCAACUUCCGAUGAAGUGGCCAAUGAGAACGGCAAGUACUAUAUGGACUGCAAGGAGGCUACAUUGAAUGCCGCAGCUAUGGAUGAGGAGAAAGGUCGCGCGUUGUGGGAGGAAUCCAAAAAGAUUGUCAAGCUAACAGCUCAGGAUCCCAAGAUCUAAGCAGGUUUUUAAAUAUACUAUAUAAACACUAUGUAUGCUCAUUUACAGAUUUUGCAAAUUAUUAAUUAAGUGGGGAAGUGCGCGUAUAUCUUAGCCUAAGUUUUUCACAUAAAUAAAAAGAUCUUGUUAAAAGCUAAAUAAACU